AUGCGCAAAAGAGGCCUUGGAGGAGAGGAUCAACAGCUGCACAGCAGAGGAGAUCUAGACUGGCUUGGUGGUGGAUGGAUAAACAUGGAUCCACUGGACACACAGAAUCAGAACAAAAGUUUAUCUCCUUACAUAACCUCCUCGUUAUAAUUACUGAACAAAAUAACAGCAACAAGAUACGACAAAAGUUGAGAAUGAGUGCUUGCUGCAAGGACUGCUGUGCAUUUUCUGACCCAUUCACAGGGACUGGAUUUGGUACUAGGGCUGUGGACAUUUUGUGUCACCUUUCACAUAAGACACAUGGAGUUGUUCAAGUCAUCUUCUGCUCAUCUUUUCUACUGCCACAGCUACCUGGCAGGCAUGAAUGAUUCAGAGCAGGAUUAUGCUGAAAAGAAAAACACGAUAGCAAAAGCCCUGGAAGAUCUUAAAGCCAACUUCUACUGUGAACUCUGUGACAAGCAGUACUAUAAACAUCAGGAGUUUGACAAUCACAUUAACUCAUACGAUCAUGCUCACAAACAGAGACUCAAGGAACUGAAGCAGAGGGAGUUUGCUCGAAAUGUAGCAUCGAAGUCGAGAAAAGAUGAAAGGAAACAGGAGAAAGCCCUUCAACGUUUACACAAGUUAGCUGAGCUAAGGAAAGAGACAACGUGUGCUCCUGGAAGUGGUCCCAUGUUCAAAUCCACUACAGUGACUGUGCGAGAUAAUUCCAAUGAUAUCCCACAAAAUACUGCCAUAGAUUCUGCCAACAAACAGGAUUUCAGCUGUACAUUAAUAAACGAUGGGCAGAACUGCAAAGAUGCUACUUCAGUUAUUUCCUCCACUCCUGAAAAUGCAUGUAGUAAUAAAUCGGACACUAACAAAUUUGGAGAUCAAGUUCAAGGAGCUCAAGGACAACGAGUUGGGUUCUCUUUUGCUUUUCCUAAGAAAGCAGCAGUCAAACUGGAGUCUUCAGCUGCCGUUUUCUAUGAAUAUAAUGAUGAAACAUCCACAGAACAUGGAUUUAGUAGAAGAAGUAGGUUUGUUCCAGGAGUUUGUAAUCUUCAGUCUCCAUCAGCAGCAGAAGCAGUCCUGUGCCCCGAGGAGAAAAAUAGCUGUUUCCACCCAGUGGUGGAAAAAUGCACUGACACAGCAGAAGCUCCCGAAACACAGGAUUCAAAGGAGCUGGUUAGUGAAGAAAGUAGAGAGCUAGAGAGUCCUGUAUUAAUUCCUGCUGUUUCCCAUUCAAAGCAGCUAGUGUCUUCUGACAUGGAUGGCUGCAAUACUGAUGGAAAUACAGCAGAUGUACCAGGUCAAACACUGUCCACGGUUGUGGACAGUACUCAUAACCUACCCCUGGGCUGCAGCAGUUGUGAUCUGCUGGGAAAUGGGACUAUCAGUCAGACUGUGGUGGAGGAUUGUCUAUCCCUUCAGAACAUUGUAGAGGAAAAUGGUAAAGACGGGAACAGUGAUGCAGUCACAGUUGAAACUGAAAUAAAGAAUCUGGAGACAGAUCCAUUAGUUCCAUCACAUUCUGAAGAUGGUAGUAGAGCCCCCCAGAGCAAACUGGACAUGCACAAGCGAUCUUGUGAACCAUUUGUUCCUGUUCUUAGCAAACAUGGAACAAAUAUUCUUCAGUGGCCAUCAGAAAUGUUAAUUUACACGAGUACAGAUCCAUCUAUUUCUUACAGCUGUAAUCCUUUAUAUUUUGACUUCAAGUUGUCAAGAGUGAGUGACAACCAAGAAAAGCCCAAGCAUCAGCCAAGCAUACCUCAUUUGCCACUCACAACUGAAUCCAACCAUAGCUCAUUCUCAGAUUUUACAAAUAAACCUGCUUCAGAGUGUGGCAAUCAUGAAACAGAAGUGGGUAAAAAUGUGUGUGACUAUACAAUACCCCUUGUAAGUGAUGUUCCCCUCAUCAGAAAUUGUGAUCUUGCAAAAAUUCAAAAUAAAGUGUCCUUGGGUGAGUCGUUCAGGAUUAGAAAAUUAGAAAAGUAUCACAUUCCAAGAAACCACUUAAGACAAAACACUGUGAUUGAUGAGAAAUAUAACAAAGUUCGGAUCAAGGAAAGUCAUGAAAAAUGGCUUCACAAAAGUAGAAAACGAAAAAGGAGAAGAAAAUUAUGUCAUUGUCAUCAUCAUCAUCCUUCUGAGGAAGCAACAUUUGUAGAAAUGGAGAUUUCCUCAGUUACUGAAAAGGAAAUUAGUCACAGAGAUGAAAAUAAAUAUCCGCACUUCCAAAAUAACCCAGAGAAAUGUAGAUGUGAUGCAGGGAAUAUCUGGUUAGCUAUGGAUGAGGUACAGCAGUCACAUCAGAAAGCUGGCCUUGACAAUGGUCAUAAAAGAAGCAUGUCUACGUCAGAUCACAUACAUGGGGACAGAGGCUCGUGUGACAUUUGGAAUGCAAAAACUAGGGACCGACACAGUGGUUGUAGACUGCACAGAAAGAGAAAAGCAAGCUCUCGGAGACAAUUAAAGUAUCUGUCUCAAACUUCUAGGAGGCACAACUGCAUGUGCUCUAAGAUGUGCUGUAGUUGGAAAGCCAGGAGAUCGAGCUGUAGCCCAGAGCAUAAAUGUUUAGGUCCCUGCAGUGAGGAAAAGAGUAUGAGUCAGAAUCACUCCGUAAAGAGAGGUUACAACUUUCUGACAGAUGAACUGGAAAAAUCCCACAGGAAGCGGAGACAGCAUACCUAUUCCUGUUCUUCGGAUGAAAGCUCGUACAGACAGACGUUUUUAGACGAAGAAUAUGUAAGGCAAACAAACACUUCAGGUAUGCAUCACAAAGAAAAAUGUAAACACAGGAGGAGGAAAACUAGAAUCAAUCACGUAUGCAUUGACAGGAAUACAAGAAGUGAGACCUCUAGGCCUUCUAAAGAAAACUCUGCAAAUUCUACAUUAAAUGUUUUGGGAGAAUUCUUGAGUCAAGACAACAUGGAGGAAACGAAUGUGGAUCCCAAAGCUGAUCAUGCAAAAGUUACAGAUGAAACAAUGCAACUGGAGGAAAACAAGUCAGCCCUACAAAUGGAUAGUUCACAUUUGUUGGAAAAAGACAAGCUGACAGAUUGCGUGGCACCAGAGAGCACUCCAGGUGCAUCUGCAGAAGUUGUCACACAUUCUGCUGCUUCUGCUGCUGAGUGUGGGGCCCCCGCAUCUGCAAACACACUGGACAUUCUGGAGGAUGAAAAGAAAAAUGAGAAUGUAAAUGGUCAUGAAAGUCAAGCUCGUUAUAAAGCUCCACCCCCCACUAGACCUUUGGAACAAGCUCCUUCUAAAUCAUAUGUUUGCCAUUAUGAAUUGGCCGAGUCUCUGCCACGUGAGAAGAUAAAUGAGGUGACCAAUGAAUGGGUACAGUGUAAUUCUGGUAUAUUUGACAGCCCACCACCUUUGCCAUUCAAAGAAACACAUAUAAACAGUCACACCUUUUUAACUACUGAGCAGUUAAUAGCCCCCUUCACCCUGCCUGACCAGACAUUGAUAUUCCCUCCAGAUAACCACGAAAAAUUUAAAGACCUCCCAUCCGAGGCAUAUCAGCAGCUCAUACAGCAAAACAUGCUGGCCAACAAAGUGAAGUUUACCUUUCCUCCCCCAGCCAUCCAGCCCCCCAGCUCUCCGUUGCAGCCCCUACCUUUGCAGCCACCAUUGUGUUCUACCUCCGUUACCACCAUCCAUCACACUGUCCUGCAGCAGCAUGCGGCUGCCGCCGCCGCCGCCAGUACGUUUAAGGUCCUCCAGCCCCACCAGCAGUUCCUCUCGCAGGUCCCGGCUGUGUCCAGAGCGCCUUUACCUCAUCUGCCGGUAGGACCUAGGCUUUGUCCAGGAGGCCACGCAGCUUUUGUCGCUCCACCGCAUUUGCCGCUGGUGCCUCCCUCGGUCCUGCACCCGACCCAGCUGGCGUUCUCACCGCUGCCGCACGCCGUGUUCCCCUCCCUGCUGUCCCCGCAUCCGGCUGUCCUUCCACUGCAGCCCCUCUUCUAGGACAGGUUCUCGGGGGGGGUGAAGGAGCCUUCAGAUAAACAGACUUGUGGUUCCUGUCAAGUCCUCGGCUCUGCAGAAUGGUUCUGUGAAAUAAACUGGUCGAAAUUCCUCUUUCGUUGGGAAGUAUUUACUGUAAGUAUAAUGAUGCAAACAUCCAUGUAAAGUUCAGACCUAUACUAUAAAGCACUGAAUAGUCUGAUACUAAUAUGAACUAUAUAUAUAUAAGUGAAGCUCAUGUCUUAGAAUAUGUAUAAUGUAUAUAAUAUGUUUAUAGUUCUAUAACUUCUGUUGUAAAGUAUUCACUUUCUGUUUUUUAUCCUCGUGUAUUUGCACCUAUUUAAUGUUUAGACAAAGCUGAUGCACUAUGUUUUGUACUAUGUUCUCUGAAACUGUAAAUCUAGUGACAAACUAUCUCUUGCAAUAAAUUUUUGUUAACUACUUAAGUAUAUCAAAAAUCUUUCAUUAUAAGCCUCCUGGAUGUCAUUGCUCCAUGUUCUGCAUUUGAAUAACAUCCUCUACCCCUGCUGUGCCGGGAUAAUCAGGUUUCCUAUCCUUCAGUGAUUUAUCACGGAGGCUCAGAGGCUAAUACCUUGAGGGCAGCUGUCUAACUGAGCAAGAGAGAAAGGGUAACAGAUCUGUUUGUGUUAGCAGCUUGAUGUCACUGUGACAAAUUUUUGCCUUCUUGUAGUAUGUGCACAAACUGCUGACUGUUUGAGCUAAUCCCUUUUCUACUAAACCACAAAAAGACUAUGUAACAAAAAUAACAUCAGUGGUUGAAGAAAAAAAAAAAAGAGAAUAGAUCAACAGCGGUUUGCCUUACAGGGGAAUAUUCCUUGUAGUGAAAUGUACAGCGUAGGGGGGCCUUAUUUCCAUCAAGCCUUCAGCAGAUCUCCAUUUUUCAUGUCUACUUUUUGCACAUCCACACAAGCACAUGCUUAGAGGCAGCCCUGCCCAUUUUGCUCUGUGAAACCCACGUUUAGACUUAGUCUGAGUUCAAAUGCAGUAGUUGUCUUUGUGGUAGGCAGCAUAGCUUCACUGCACAGGAAGCCUGCUCUCUGUCCCCCGUUAGAUGGGGUGCACUGUCUGCCCACCUUAAGGUGGGUCUCUGAUCAGAAGAGUCAGCCUCAUACUUCCAAGCUUGUUUACCAUCCGUGUUUACCUCAGUGGGGGACAGAUCUGUCAGAGUGAAGGUUCUCGCUGCUUGUGCAACAUGUGAAAACUAGCAAGAAUGUAUGAGCAUGCAGGGGAAGUCAAGAGGAACUCCCCAUGGGGAACUUGGAGUCCCACCAGGGUGUGAUUCAGAUUCUUACCUCAUUUCACUCCCCUAUUACCCACAGCAUUUUGCUAUUAGAAAUAGAUAAAUUACCUAGCCUAGAAAUAAUAAUAACAUACUGCCAUUAUUUUUAACUGUAUUUCAGAGACUUCUCCCUACCUCUGCAACCUUUUUAUUGCUGUUGAACCUCACCUGACUUCAGCCAGUGAAAUCUUCUCAUUUGCUUUAAUACAAGAUAUAUCAGGCCCACACCUGUGAUGGCCUAAAAUAAAACCAGAAGUGAGGCAGAGCCAGCUCUAUGAGUUAAAAUGAAGUCUAGCCACAUGAGUGAAACUAAGAAUUUGCACCAUGACCUUUAGUGCUAGAAGUAGGUCCUCCAUAACAAAAGGUAGGGGCUAGCUUUCAAAUUAAUUAAUUCUUUUCGCUUUUUUAUAUAUGAUAAUAGAAUUAUAUACAGUUGAACUGAAGGAAUAGUAAUUUUGGAAGAUUAUUAAUAUACAUUGCAUAUUAAUAGUUACAUACAUUAUCCAUUUGAAAAGUAAUAUUAUAUCCUGAAAGAUAUGUAGCUGGUUAUUAUUUUCUGCACCUAUAGCAUUAGAACUUACCUAUAUCAAUAUUGCAAGUCGUAGUAUAAUAUUGUGUUAAAACUGUAGCGAACAUCUUUUCAGCUGUGUUGGAUACUGAAUGGAUGUGAGCUUUCCUUGUCAUGUCAUUACAAAGGGCUAAACUACAUUAAUGAAAUGUCAAUGAGAAAGAGUAGACAAAUGGUUUGGUCAUGGGCUGCUUCUCAUAACCCCUGCCUGAGACUGGCACGGAGCGGGACGUUGUUGAGCAUCUAUCCGUAUAAUGCCAUAAAGAAAGUAUAUUUUCUCUAGCUUGUAAUUUCAAGUGAAUGCCCAUUUCUAUGUAUCUGGUACCUGUAAAACACAUUUUAAGUGACUUUAUCCUGCUUCUUUAUUUCAAGAGUAUGCCUGCUCAAUCUGUAUGUCUCCACUACCUCCUGUAGCAGGCAGGUGUCCCACGCCUGUGUGUAAGCCAUGUUGCUCAAGCACUGGAACCUACAUUUGAAACCUGACGGUGUGUGCUUGCCACUCAGCCUCCUACCUUAGCUGACUUGGGCUGGCUUUUGUAUUUCUGUACUCAUCGGCAGGAGUCAGCAUAUAUGUUCCUUCCCCUGGAUCCCAAUGUCUUGUCAAAGAAAAUGAUCUAAUACUAUACACUUGAAAAAAAGAAAUAAUAGGACAAUUGUGGUUAUACAUGAUCCAUAUCCAUACAUCUUUAUCUAGCAGGAGAUUGACAAAUUUCAAAUUUCCAGCUGUAAUGUUCAUUGAAAAAAUCCCAUCUAUUACUUUAGAAGUAUUUUUAUUUAAAAAAAAAUGUUCAAACAACUUUGGAUUUUACAUUUUUUUCUACAAUUUAAAUUAAAUUAAUUCUAUUUUAAGUUGUUAAACAAUUUUACAACAUUGCACAAUUAUUUAUUAUCUACUGUAAUUGCUUUUCAAUAGUGUAUAAACUACUGAGAAUAAAAGACUAAUAACCAUCAAAUGUAGUAAUUUUCUAACAUGGUAUUGCCUUUAGUGCUAGAACUGUUUGUAUAUGUGACUUCAUAUGUAAGAGUAAAAAACAAUAUAAAAAUAAAUCACAAGUUAAGUUUAAAAUUGAGCACGCUAAAUUAAAUGACAUAAUAAAAUAUUCUUUUGAGUUUCUGUUUUAUUAUUAAGUAUAUAACUUUUAGUGUUACAUAAAGGUAGUUCUUUUUCAGAUUUUAUCUGGCAUUUUAGAUUGAAUGUGUAUUUUUAUUCUAUGACUUGACAGUCUAAUUUGUAAGUAAACAUUAUUUCAAAUGCUAAAUAAUUGAAUUUUAUCAUUCUAAAUAAAUUCCACCAAACUUGUUUAAUUAAUUUACUUUGGAAUUUUCCAAUUUUGACAAAUCUAGUUCUUUUGUGUCUAUGUUCCUGACCAGUUUGCCAGUUUUUAGAGUUACUGGAUUGUGUUCCUAAUGUAAACAGUAAAAGUGAUACUAUUCCUUUAAUCCAUCUGAAUCACAGGAAUUAAAUCUUUAAACUGCAAUGAUGACCCUAAAUUAGGUUAUAGAUUUUGUUAAGUGAUUUCGCAGAACAGCUCUGCAGAGAAAUGAUUGAGAAGUUAAUCUGUUCCGCUGAGACAAGAAGUGUAUCUUUGUCCUUGGAAAGUUGCAGUCUGCCCAGACUCUGACCUUCUUGGAGCCAUACCAUUUUUCAGGUAACAUGAGCCAUAGACUAAUGUCCUAUAGGAUCUUUCAGGCAUUAAGAAUCAUCGUUGUCUCUUAGUGUUAUGGGCAAUCUGGAGUAAUCAGACAUUUUUGUCUUGUCUGUAAGUACACAGAAUUUUUCUAAUGAUGCCAAUACCUAUGAAGAGCAAAGGAAUCAAAUUGUUUGGUUGGUUUCAUUUUCAAACUAGAAAAUAUGCAAGCUUUUAACUGCUUGGGAGAAAGAAAUACGAUUCUACAGGAGUGAGUGAUGAGUGUUCACGUACAUAGAAACUGCUGAUGACAAACAUUAGUAAAAUACCUUUUACAGAAUGUUAUUGAAUAAGAAUUUAUCAUUUGUUGUAACCAAACAAUAAUGAAAUCAUUAUGAAGCAAUUUGUUGUCUUUACUUGCAAUGUUAAUUUAUUGGUCCAUGAACAUUUUACACUCAAGAAAACCAAUUUAUAUGUGGUCUUCAGACUGCUUUAAACAUCCAUUUGUCUUUAAAAUAUACUGUAUGUGAUAAUAUGCUCCUUAUACAAUAUAUAGUUUACAACAUGGUUACAAUUUUUCUCUUGAGUUUAUUUUCCAUAAUUGUGCAUUUUUCUCAAAAUGUGUUUCAUGUUAUAAUACUGUUUAGUUGAUAACCUGCAUUUAAAAUUCAUUUUUUAAGUAAAUUUGGUAUAGAUUCUUGGUUGGUGUAAAUCGAUGUACAGCUCCUGGCUUCAGUGGAAUUUCAUUGAUUUGUACCAACUGAAAAUUGCCAUUGUUGCAGUGUUAAAUAUUUUGUUAACUUUCUUGGAUGAAGGCAAUACAUUGUGACCAUACGAAUGUAUUUUUAAGACAGUUAUUUGUCUGUGACUAAGGUGGCAAAUUUUAAUCUAUUGGGUAUUUUAACAUGGUGCUCCUCCUAGUUUACACAUUUAAACUCCAUACGUUCAUUUUCUGAUUUCUAUUACUGUACAUUGCCUAAAGACUUGAUGUACCAAGCAGUGUACAUAUUUAUGCAAUAUGCCGGCCUACUGUAAAAUUCUAUAAAGAUAUGUUAACUCUUUUUCUUCAAAAUAAGGACAUUUUUACUGUGUAGAAAUCAUUUGAUAUUUUUAAAUUAACAUGGCUUACUAAGAUGUAUGUGAUUUUGUAGAUUGCUUUGUUUUAAUGUUUACAGUAGUUAUGAUCUUGUGUAUUGUUUUAUUUAUGUUCUUCCUUCUCCCCUUUACUUCAGGAACUCUAUAAAGUUUUAUCUUUUUCUGUUUGUCUCUGAGUAAGAUUCUCAGUGUUUCUUGGAAUGGGUAUGUUUAUGAAUAAGAACUCAACUUUCUUCUUUUUUAUGUUUACUAUUUUAUUUUUUGCAAAAAUCAGUAUACUGACUGUAAGAAUUAUAUAAGACUCCCUAUUUUUGCUUCAAGCUUCUUUAUUUAUUUAUUUAUUUAUUUAUUUUAUGGAUUUUGUAUACAUCCGGAAGAAUUUCUACCCUGAGCCUGAAUUUUGCCCUGCUGGUGAAAUUCUGAAACCGAUGAAGUCUAAGGAAGCUUUGCCAUUAAUAUUACUCAGGAUUUAUUUUGAUCUGGGACAUUAGAUCUAUUUAUUUAUUAAAAUGCUCUAAUACUUACUGCUUUCAGUAGAAUAAUAAUUUCAUAAGGUAUUAGAAAAAGCACAACCCAGUAAUAGAAAAAGAAUAGUUAAUCUAUUUUAAGUUAUUUGUUUAGCUUCUUUGUUGUAAGGAUGUUUUUGUAAUCAAUGGCCAUAAAGUUAUCUUUUAAAUUUCUGUUACAUGUCAUCAAUGUUUUGAAACACAUAUAUGCACCUUCUAUUCUGAUACCAAAGAAGAAAACACAGCUAAUGAAAACUCUGGGUUUUCUACCUGUACAGGCUCCUUUAGAAGGUUUUUGCAAGCAGGAGUACAAUAUUGAGGUAAAAUAAUGUAUCGGUGGUCUUUAUUUUUGCUGGGAUAAGAUCAAAACGUGCAAAUCCAUGUAGAAAAAACUAUAAGUAAGUUAGUUUAAAAUGUGAAUCCACAAUGGGUAUGAUAUUAUGUAUGUGAAUUAAAGAAGGUUACUGUUAAA